AUCCUAACAAUUUAGCGUAGAUGCAGAGCAACGAGCCAAGGAAAUCAAGAAGCUUCAUGAAGAAGUUUGUGAAAAGCUACAAUGUCAAACCAUUAGGUAUAAGGCUCAUCAUGACAAGCACUGAAAGAAGAGCAGAUGGUCCUUUUCAGAUAAUGGAGAAGAUCAAUGCUAAUAACUACGAGAUCAAACUUCUAGCUCUUGCUCCAAUUUGCUCCAAUAACCAAGCUCCCUUCAUCGUAGCAGUAGCGGAACAAGGGUGGGGGGCAAGCUUUUGGACCCUGACUGUUUCGGGAAGGGAUCGUUGGAAGAUCACCACAUUCAAACAUCAUGUCCCAGUUGGGCAAUCUUCGAGGGCCUUCCCGCUCACAAUCACCAGCCUGAAAUUUGCUGACUUACGUGCCGUUACCGGUUCCACCAUGUCUUUGGUGACUCCAGUCUCCCUCCACGGCCUUAGAUCCUCGUGGAUCCAGGGGAAGUAUGAUGGACACAUAUGAUACGGGAUAAAUUGUCAGGAUCGGUAACGUUGUGUGUGGUGGUGGGGUACUUUGAUAUUAGACAUGUAAUUUUUGUUUGACUUUCGCAAGUCAGGGGAUUCGAGAGGGUUUGUUGUUGAACCGAAAAACCUGAGUAGAAUAUAGAAUGUAAAAUAGA